AUGAUUAAGGCUUACAGAUAUAUCCGCGAAAAGACCGGGGGGCCGUCUGAGCCAUCGUCGCGAAAGACUCAGAAACCUCUCUGCUCUCAUCUCGCGCAACAACGACGACAACGGCAACAACACAGCCAAGAUACCACCAUAAGGAGUACCGAAAAUGAAGUACCUUUGCAGGAUAUGGGAGCUAGCUCAGUGCAAGAACAGAGGAAUAUAUUGCAGGGAUAUCCCCAGAGCGGAGAGAAAUGCCAGGUGUGCAAGGAAGAACGGCGUCGCGAGCGGGUUUACAGCUGGAAGCUCAUCGGUGGACUUUGCUUGCCAUUUACCCUGGCGACGCUGGACUUGACGAUUGUGGCCACCGCGGUGCCAUCCAUUGCCUCCCAUUUCAACAAGUUUGACGAACUCAAUUGGAUCGUCACUGCUUUUACAUUGACAUCGACGGCGUUCAUCCCGAUGUUCGGCCAGCUUGCUGAUGUCUUUGGCCGUCACGCAGUGCUGCAGCUGGCUUUGUUCCUGAUGCUUAUUGGGAGUGUGUUGUGUGCCGCGGCGCAGACUUGGGGUAUGCUUCUGCUGGGAAGAGCUCUACAGGGGACGAGCUCUGCCGGGCUCAUGAAUAUCAUCAUGAUUAUCCUUGCAGAUAAGGUGUCGUUGAAGGUGAAUGCUAAGAACAAUUCGCUUUUCGCGUUUGUCGGUGGUAUAGGAUACUCUAUAGGACCGGUGAUAGGGGGAUAUUUAACGGAUGAUAAUUGGAGAUAUUGCUUUGUGAUACCCAUACCUAUCGCUUUCUUCUCCCACAUUUUGAUCUAUUUCCUGCUGCGAAAAGAGCUCGUCGAGGGGACCAUUUUCCGCCGGGGGUCCAGGAUGUCAUCUCUUCUCCCGGCGCUUGCAACACUGGAUGUAUUCGGAUCGGCCCUGUUUAUAUUCGGCAUCGGUCUCAUCAUCCUGGCCACAGCAUGGGGAGGUGCCGCAUACGCUUGGACGGCCCCUCAGGUCCUUGGUCCCCUUAUUGUCGGAGCAAUAUGCUUUGUUUUGUUUUUCGUAUACUAUAUGGCUGAUGAUAGCACAGCAAUGUUCUCUGUCUUCUACUUCAUCGGUAUCUAUUUCACUCUUGUCGAAGCGUACCAGGCAUCUAGGGCUGGCCUUCAACUCUUAUACUACAUUCCCGGCCUAGGAGCCGGCGUCUACACAGCAAUGUUCCUAUGCAAUGUUGUACCGGCGCAGACCUUCUUCCCGUUAAACUUCGGGUCCAUCAUCAGUACAAUCGGCCUUGCGGUCAUACCAUACGCGAUCCACGUCCAGAACACGGGCCUCCUCAACGGAAUGAUGGCCCUAGCUGGCGCUGGGACUGGUCUCCGCUUCAUGCCUGCCACUCUGCACGCGGUGGGCGUAUGGCCUGAGAGAAUCGCCCCGGCGAUGUCAUUGAUGCGCUUCGCCAUGCCGUUCGGGGGCACAAUCGGUCUAACGAUCAUGGGCAGCGUUUUUAAUAACAAGUUCGGCCCAUCUUUGGGCCUAAGCAGUGCUGGCAAUGCUAAUUUCAAUGUCCAUGAUACGUCUUCUCUUUCCGUAAUUACAACACUAUCUCCUGCUGCGCAGAAGGUCGUUCGUAUGGCCGGGAAAGAUGCUAUCAUGUGGGCUUAUAUAUCCAUAUUGCCUGUGAUGGGCGUGAGUCUUAUCUCGGGACUGCUGAUGGGGAAUGUAUGGAUUAAACCCAAGUCGAAGGAUGAAGACCAAGAGCACGUUGAUGCGGAGGGGUCAAGACAUAGCGAGGUGGUUUACGUAUCGUAUUUGUGGGCUUUACUAAAGGGAAAUGUCACUUCCUACAAGCAGAUCAGCCGGCCGGUGGCGGAGAGAGAGAAACAGUGA